UUUUGUAUUAUUCAUUUCCUGUUUGGCUGCAUUUGAUAGAUUUUCUUACAGGUGAUAUUGUUUAAAAUACAGAUUAUUUUGACUACAAUACAUCUGAACUUUAAGCACCAGAGAGAAAGUAAUCCUCGUGCUGUAAAUGCGCCUCUCUUUGCCGAUUUAUUGAGGGGUUUGGCACGUUUUUGUCGCACAAAGAUGCGACUCUUUCUCCUGACACAACAUCGUAAAUCAGAUCAUCGGGCACAGAAACUCUCUCGACCCACAAUCACUCGGGUUACAGUCCUACACGGCAUGUGAAACACUGAAUUCACAGCCACCUUCUCUCUAGCCCGGACUGUCCGCAGCUCUCCUCGGCGCACUGCGCUGACUCUGCAGAAGGAAAUCAUCGGGGGAGUGUAGGAAGGCGUUUUUUUAAGCGUUUUUCUCAAGGUAGGACAAGCCGUUACAACACAGCUUCUGCUUGUCAGCUAUCCCUACUGUUUCCUUGACUUCUUCAGUUUACGGUUUAAGAAGAGGGGACAGAGUGUCGUGGUCGUGCGUUCCUCUCCGUGAGACCAACGCGUUUCCAAACGUCCUGCCGCGCGUUUUUCUCAGUGAAGACGCCCGGGCACACUGAUUCUCUCUUCGGGAUAAAAAAAAAGAGUGACAGUUUUCCCAUUGUUGUAUACUAAAAACUGUGAUAAACGGCAAAGAUACGUUUGUGAAAGCAACACCGACGGUGAACCACCUCGGCCAGCGUGCAGUAUUGAAGAGGAGAAAGUUCCCCACUUGAGGGCGAAAUCAGACUUUUUUGAGGACGCCAACUUUGAAAAGUGCCAGGAGCCCCAGGGUCUGUCAGAUACAACAUGCAGCAAUGUCCAAGGAGGCAGAGUUGGAUGUGAGAGGCAGUAAGUGCGACACAGUCCCACAAGAGCCCAGCACGGACCCGGAGCCGCCCAGGCCACCUCCAGCUAAGGCUAACAAACCCACCGGCACCGCUGGCGUUUGCACGAGCAUCCCCUCCAGUAGCCACAGUAGCAGCAGCACCACCAGCAGCAGCAGCAGCAGAAGUGGUCUGGGUGGCAUUAGCAUCGUUAGCAGCAGCGCUGAGGGAGCAGGCGAAAGCUCCAUGCAGUUCAGCACCAGACCGCCUAGUGCUGAGCAGCCGGGCUUCAUGGGGACAUGGCAGCAGCAGAGCACUGACAGCAACCUCCUCUACAGAAUGUCCCAGCAGGGUGCUGUAACGCGGCUUCCUUUGAAGUGCGACAGGUCGACUAUGGGCCGAGACCUAGAAGAGGCCAUUCGCUGCACACUGGUGAACUGCACAUGUGAGUGUUUCCAGCCAGGGAAGAUUCACCUACGAACAUGUGACCAUUGCAAACACGGCUGGGUAGCUCACGCUUUGGACAAGCUUAGCACCCAGCACCUGUACCACCCGACCCAGGUGGAGAUCGUUCAGUGCAAUGUGGUGUUCGACAUCAGCAGCCUGAUGCUGUAUGGCACCCAGGCCGUACCUGUCAGGCUCAAGAUCCUUCUCGACCGCCUCUUCUCCGUGCUGAAGCAGGAAGAGGUGCUGCACAUUCUGCACGGACUGGGCUGGACCCUCCGAGACUACGUCCGGGGCUACAUACUGCAGGAUGCUGCAGGCAAGGUGCUGGACCGCUGGACCAUCAUGUCCCGGGAAGAGGAGAUCAUCACCCUGCAGCAAUUCCUGCGCUUUGGUGAGACCAAGUCCAUUGUGGAGCUGAUGGCUAUUCAGGAGAAGGAAGGUCAGGCAGUUACAGUUCCCUCCUCCAAAACCGACUCUGGGAUUAGGACAUUCAUUGAAAGCAACAACAGAUCCCGCAGCCCAGGGCUCCUGACACAUCUGGAAAACAGUAGCCCAUCCAGCAUUCACCAUUUUGAGAAUAUCCCCAACAGCUUAGCCUUCCUCCUGCCCUUCCAAUACAUCAAUCCAGUCUCUGCCCCUAUGCUUGGCUUGCCCCCCAAUGGCAUGCCUAUGGAGCAGUCUGCUCUCCGGCUCCGGGAGCCCAGCCUGCCAAACCAAGGUGAACAGGUGGACACCAGUGAGUCAGAAGUGUCCCUAUCACCCUUCCGCACAGGCCAGAGCCCGAGCCGUGGAGCUCUGGGAGCCAUGAACAACAUUGAACCCAAGACAGAGCCCAACAACAGGGCAUCACCCAUCUCACCAACCCCUUCCACCCAGCAGGCUCAACAACAGCAGCAACAGCAAACAUCGCUCCAACAGCAGCAGCAGGGCCAACAGCACUCCCAAAAUCAACCUCAGCAGUCCAACAGGUUGAGCGACCACCAGGUCCACCACCACCUUGUAAAGGACGAGCAGUCUAAAAGCAUCACCCAUGCUUCCUUUUCCUCCAAGAUGCAUCGUAUGCGCCGCAUGGGAUCCACCUCACGCAAGGGUCGUGUUUGCUGCAAUUCUUGUGGCAAAACCUUUUAUGACAAGGGCACACUUAAGAUACAUUAUAAUGCUGUACACUUGAAGAUCAAACACCGUUGCACCAUUGAGGGCUGCAAUAUGGUCUUCAGCUCACUACGCAGUCGCAACCGCCACAGUGCCAACCCAAAUCCACGGUUGCACAUGCCCAUGCUGCGCAAUAACCGCGACAAGGACCUCAUCCGUUCAACCACUGGUACACCUGUCAUCUCAAGCACCAAGAAUGGUGGUUUCACACUCACCAGCCCUGGAAGGCCACCACUGGGCUUCACUACUCCACCGGUAGACCCUAUGCUUCAGUCACCCCUUCAAAGCCCACUGGUGUUCCCGUCGCUGAAGUCAGUGCAGCCUGUCCAGCCAGUGCCCCCUUUCUACCGCACACUACUGUCCCCUGCGGACCUUGUCAGUCCUCCAGUGUCACUGCCCACCAGCCCCAUCCUGCCCACAACCACCAACAGUACCACCCUGAUGGACCAACAACAGCAUCUCCUGGCUGCUGCAGCAGUGGCUUCACAUAAUAAUGUUCAUAUGUCAGAGAUAGUCCCCAUGUCCCACCGCUUACACACAACUAGUGCCAAUCACGACCUCAACACUGGCAGCAGUGACCCCACACCCAAAAAGAAGCCUCGUAAAUCAAGCAUGCCAGUGAAGAUUGAGAAGGAAGUGAUUGAUGUGGCUGAUGAAUACGAGGACAAAGAUGAUGAUGACGAUGACAUCCACCAUAAUCACCACCAUCACUCAUCCCUUCUUCACAACAGUGUCAAAAUGAAUGGUAACUGUAACAGCAACAACAACAGUGGCAGUGGUACUGGGAACCACAGUGGUGGUAGUGGGCAGCAAUCCCCAUCCCAGGAUGAGAUGAGCCCUGGCCUAGCUCUGAGAGGCAUGAUGAGACAGAGUGAAGAUGAAUGCAGGGAAGGGACUGGCAGUGACAGCAGGGGUGGGAAUGAUCUGCAAGGCUCUGGCGAGCUACGUUGUAUGGGCAGCUUCACCUCUGAGGACCAGGAUCAUGAAAGAGACUUUGAGAACGAAUCUGAAACCUCUGAUUCCAAGAUGUUCUACCGUGAUGAGCUGAUGGAUGUGGAGGAACAGCAAAAGCAAAGCAGGGGUGGAAGGUGUCUGGACAAGGAACAGGAUGAUGAGGGUUGUGACGAAGCCCAGUUGAGAAAGGAAAUGGAAGGCAAGGGUCAUUCCUCACCCUCCCCUCAUCAGCCCCCUAUCAGGAUCAAGGAAGAACUCAACGAUCCUACUUACGACAUGUUCUGCAUGGGCCAGUAUGGCCUCUAUAAUGGAGGCAUGGCAGCGGCUGCUGCUGCUGCAAGCAUGGCUGCUCUGCAUGAGAGCUUCAUCUCUUCGAUGGGCUACGGUGCCAGCCCACCCAAAUUCCCUUCUUCUCAAUCACCAGAGGGAGACCCAUGCUCAAGUCCUGACCCCAAGAUCUGCUAUGUGUGUAAGAAGAGCUUCAAGAGUUCCUAUAGCAUGAAACUGCACUACAAGAAUGUGCAUCUCAAAGAGAUGCAUGUGUGCACUGUGGCUGGCUGCAACGCUGCCUUCCCUUCCCGGCGGAGCCGAGACAGGCACAGCUCCAACAUCAACCUGCACCGCAAACUGCUGACCAAAGAGCUGGACGACAUUGUCCUGGACCCCCAACUCCCGCCACUGCCCAAGGACCUGCGAGCCGAGUUACUGGCAAAGAUCUACGCCGGGCACCACAUGGGCUUGGACCGAUAUGUCGGGAUGGGCAUCGGAGGUGCCAGCCUCCGGCCCACUGGCAUGAACCACAAUGCCCAUUCCCCCAUGAGCAGUGAGUAUCCCCACCACCCUCUCAACCAUAACCUUAAAAACCACCACACCAACGGCUUCUCCCGGGCCCAGCCAGACGAUUACAUGGUGUUGGAUCUGAGCACCACAUCCAGUGUACAAUCCAGCAGCAGUGUCCACUCCUCACAUGAGUCAGACGAGGGCAGCGAUGAAGGCAUCCUAUUGGAUGAUCUGGAGGAGGAGGGAGAAGAAGAUGAGGAGGAGGGCAACAGUGAGGGGGAGGACUGCUCCCAGCAUGCCGAGGGGCGGGCUGAAAGAAGGCAUCGGGAUGAAACUGGAGAACUAAGAGGAGAAGGACCUGGUGAGGGUUUGGAACCUUCCUCCUCACCAUUCCUUUUUUCGCCCACCGGGGGCAGUAAUGGUGGCAACAGUGGGAUCCUCUGCAACAUCUGCCAUAAAAUGUACAGCAACAAAGGAACCCUGCGUGUGCACUACAAGACUGUGCACCUGCGCGAGAUGCACAAGUGCAAAAUCCCCGGUUGCAACAUGGUGUUCAGCUCUGUGCGCAGCCGUAAUCGACACUCUCAGAACCCCAACCUCCAUAAAAACAUGCCCUUCUCUACAAUAAUAGACUAAAUAAUGACUUGCUAUUCGACCCUGCUGUCAGUCGGCCCGCUCCUCCCUUCAUUCCUCAUCCUUAUUCCUCCUCAAAUUAGCUUUUAAUCCCGGCCGAGGGCCAUCAAAUACAAGCUAAAUGCCUGUAUGCCUCCUGCCCGUCCUCUGUAAGUCAUUGCAAGACAUUUCUAUAACCCUCUAUAAAAUUCAUCGACUCUAAAUACAGUUUAUUAUUGUGACCUUUGACUUUUCCUUCUUUGGAAGAACAGGAUGACGCUCUUGCGCAUGGAGUUUGCUUUAUAACAAUUUUUUUGCAUAAGCCCCUCCAUCUUUCCUUUGAGACUUCUCCCCGCUUUGUUUUUGUCCGUCUCCAAAGAAUCUAUUCAAACUCUUAUUUGUGACUUUGCCUGCAGAAAUGAUAGUAUUGAGAAAAAAAAAGAAAAUCUUCUUGUUGUAUUUGUGUAAUGAUAGCUUUUAAAUGAACCCCUUACAAAAGCAUGACAGCUUCAUUUGUAAAUAAUGUUCCAAGAGGCUUUUGGUGUAAAAGAGUUGUGUUGAUGGUUGUUUGCUUCUUUUUUCUCUCUCGUUAUGGUUUUAUGUUACAGUCCAGUACAAUACUUCCAGCUAUAGGCAAGAAAGAGGUAGCAUCUUACUAGCUUGACUCAUUUAUGUUAGCUUCAAAGACACGUUUUAAACUAAGUCCUAGGGAAAAAAAGAAUAUCAUGUGACUUGUUUUAUCUACUUGUUAGAUAUUCAGAGGUUGCCGGCAUGCUUUUUUUAGGCUCCUACACUGAUAUCAUUCUCUGUAUUUCUAUUGUUUUUUUGUUUUGUUUUUUGUCUGUUAUGUUUAUGAGCUUUAGUAUACCAGUUCAGUUUUUUGCACUUUGCAUCUAUACAAGGGGAUGUGUAAUAUUAUUAUGAGGACUUUUGCAAUGGUGAGUUUAAAUGUUGUUCGGGGUCAUUGAUGGCUACAGUGCCAAGGUAAAUGAUAAUACCUUCAACAUACUGUACUUGUGCCAGUUUCUUUUUGCACGUGCUCAGUUUCAAACAGUUUCACAGCAGAAAACGUCUCACCACCCUGAACAAAACCUGAGAUCUUCCCCAUCACUAAACAACGUAUUCAGAAAGUGUCUCCAAAGUGUCUUGCCUCACAACGAAUCCAAGUGUGAAUGAAUAUCAACUGCUGUUUCACAAACACAAAGGAGCUAAAUAUUGAUAAAGUCUCUCCUCUUUCUUUGUUUGUUUAAUUUGUGUAUGGUUACCAGGUCUGAUCACGAUAAAUACUUCAGAGGUUCAGUGGGGUCAUCUGUGUAAAGCAUGACAUUAUUGUGACAUUGUCAAACAAAUUUAUCAAGAACUCAUGGUUGUUCUUACAAAAGGCAUCUUAAUGAAAUAUAACUGUCCCAAUAGAUUUGAAAAAAAAGAGAGAAAAAAGAUGGAAAUAGUCAUUCAACUGUGACCAAAACAAAAUUGUUUGCUUAAGAAGAGCUCCUUUAGUGUGGCAGUAUGUACUUAAACCAUGCCCCAUUGGAUUAAUAUGAUGCACUUGAGUCUUAAAUCUUUUGCUGUGAUAUUUUCGGUAUCGGUUUCCAUUGCUGAGUGUCAGCUACAGAUGUACUCUAUGAAAAAUGUUGCCAUUUUCCUGGCUGUUGUUUGCAGCCAUUUUUAACAUGUCCAUGACUGUCUUACGGUACAAAUAUUUCCAGUAACUGGGCAAAGUAGCCAAGGGAAGGGGUAUUUAUUGGUGGGUGAUAUAUCUUCAUGGAGAUGUUUUUGUCAAGUAUAAGAAUAUUUUUUGUAAAAAGACAAAAAAUAGAGAUUGUUCCUCAGUUUGACUUGUUUAUCAAUGUAUUAGCAAUGCCAUGUGUUACAAUACAAGGAGAUCUUCUCUUACUUGACUGGUGCUACACAGAGGGAAAUAUAUGUGUUAUGUGGUGUGCUGUACAGUAUUCACAACACCUUACAUCCAUAACAGUGUUGAGUUCCAUUUGUUUCAUACUUAAGCCAUUUUGCAAUAUAGACAUGACCUAUUCUAGUGAAAUAUUUCAUGUCUUUUUUUUAAGAUUCCACCUAUACGACACAUGCAGUGUUCAGUCUUCUCUUCUCAGAGAUAAAGAGAGCGAGACAGAGAGCUGAGGCUGAUGGAAAGGUUGCGGAGGUGGAAGGCUGACUAGGGAGGAAAGGAUGACAGCAGUGAUCAUUAAAAAUGUGCUGCUUCUCCGUUACCUGAAGGCGUCCCUGCCAUUCCAGCUUCUUCUGUCUAAUAACUCACUUGUCACUUCGUUACACUGCCAGACUCCAAGGUUGCUGACAAGACUAUGACACUGACAGAAAGAGAAAAGAAAGAACAGAGAUUGUGUGCUCCGAACAAUUCAAUUUGACCCAUUCAAUUUAGUUGAAUUCAAUUAAUCUAUUCAUUUUCUGUGUGUGCUUAUUCUUAUUCAGGGUCGCUGAUAAUUCAAUUCAACUCUUUUCUCUCAUUCUGUUUUUCUCUUUGUCUGUCAGAGCGCAGUCAUUUAACAACCGCCUUACCCAUUUCUUCAACCCGCCACUCACUUACCACCUCCACACCCCACAGCGCAAGUCCUACAGGGACACACACUAAUAGUGUAUGCUUAAGUUCACCGGACGGCCAUGGCAUAGGAAAAAGGGAUGGGUAAUUGCCUGUUUAUCCCAAGUGAAGGGAAAAUUGAGUACAGGAACCCCUGCCUUCUCCCAGGAGUGGGUUUCACUGAGGCGCUUGCUGCCUCAUUCACUCAUUCAAUCCCCCCGGCACUCGCUCUGGCAGAAAUAAAAAAAAGUGCUACUGCAGGAACCCUGCUGACAGCUGUCUCUCUAACACACACACACACACACACACACACACACACACACACAGA